CCAGUUAUUCUUAAUUUCCUCAUCUCCCUGCCGGGCGUUGCAGAUGCUGACCCUGCCGCUGAGCGGAUUGGUAAACACCCUCCUUUUCGGCUGGCAGGACCGACAGCUGCAUCACUUCCUUACGCUGCGACAACAGCAAUGCGCUGUACUGGCCGAGGCCACGGCCGAACUGAUCGCUUCUGCGGCUGCUCCGUCUUUGUCCACAACGCCCUCGAUUCCACUGGUCCAACCGCGUCAACCGACACCUUUAACUAUUCCAUCUGUUCCGGCUGUCCGGCCUCCACAAGCUCUUCUUCAUCAACAGCCGCAGCCGUUGCUACCGCCGUCAAGACAGCCUCCACGAACACCCUCAGUCCAACCGGUAACCAUGCCCAUUUGGCUCGGCCAGACGACCACCUCUGA